AGCAGACGGGACAAAGCACGUCGUCAAAGGCCGUCAAUUGCACUCUUUGUCUCUUUGUCCUUCGCUCGCUCUAUCAUGCCUCUAGCCAUAAAAGCCAGGCACGAUGUGCCACUCGUCCGCUCUCAGUCUGCUGCCCCCUGUCCCUCGUCCAGCCUGCAGGUCUUCAACGAUCCCCCUGUGUGUAGCGCAUACUCGACCCCAGAAACAUCAACGCGCUAUCAGCAUGGCUAUAUUCGGCGCCGGGCGACAUCUUUCCAACCUCGUCGCGUGCACCUCGCGUACUCACUCUUCCGACGAUCACCCUGUCGACGCGCACUCUCGCAGCGACUCGGAGAACGCACGCACGCACACCACCACCGACUGGAGUACCGAAGAAAGUAGCAGUUCCGACGAAGAGGACAACACUCAACCAACUCCAGAAGGCUCAGGCAAGGCAGACCUUUCCUAUGUCCCUCGCCCGCUCUCGCACUCUCGUACAACAAGCCAACAGGCGCAGUCCAGGUUUAGCAAGAGUUCUGCUCCGAGCGGUCGCUCUCGCGGCAACUCGAGAUCCAGUUCUGACUCCGGCUCAGAGUCGGCCUCAGACGCAGACGUGUCUUCGGGCUCUAGUUCGGGUUCAAGUUCAUCUUCUUCUAAGUCCGGAUCACGCUCGGGUUCGAGCUCGAGCUCUGAGGUCGGCCCUGCUCAGCAGGACCAAUGGGAUACAAAUGGUGAUCAGGCAUGGCUCAAACCUGCAGGCAGGAGCCCGAAUCCCGCCGUUGCCGACCCACCAUACCUGCCCUCCUCCACCCCGCCUAGUCGCCGGGCAGGCCCCUCGAGUCACAGAGCGACACCGAAGCGCCGUUACUCGCCGUACGAGAAGCCACCUUCUCCGGCGACGUCUCGCUCUCCACGCCAGAAUUCCGAAGCAUCAUCUGUGUCCAUACCUCUUCACUCCGUUCGUUUGCCACGCAACAGACCAGCUCCUCGCCGUAACCCUACGGCUUCCCGCACACCGCGCCGUCCGCCACCCGUCGAGAUCGCUCCCGAAGAGCCCCUUCUUCCUCGUGCAAGCCGCAUGCGUGCCGCGAAGACGAUUCGAACGUACGCCGAGCACGAGUCUUCCGUCGAGAGCGAGGCGAACGCGACAGAUGACGAGUUCGUCCCAUCACCCCCUCCAACCAACCAUAAACCACGUUAUCAACCUUAUCCUCGCUCAUCGGCGUCCACUUCACUCGCCGCACGCUCGCGGCAGCCACCGCGACACUCACCUGCGCCCUCGAACUUCUCGGAGUCCAGCUUGUCGUCGGCGCCGUCCUCUGGACCGCAACGUUGCAGAGGCGCACCUCGCGCCCGUAACAGGCAGAUCAGGAUAAGUGAUGAAGAUUACCGACUCGCGGAGCAGCGGUUCUUGAGUGGUACGUCGAAGGAGUGCCCGGUGGGCUGCUCCUACGUGCAGAAGAAACGGCGGGUGCCGGACAUGCGGCGGCAUAUGGAGUCGCACCGAUACAACAUCAGCCACGAGAAGUGGGUCUGUUGCGGUGUGCCGGUGGAGGAGGGAGAGAGUACAAGAUCGAGGACUGGACAAGGCGCCGAAGAAGAUGUUCAACGGUCGGGAGAUGGUGGGCGGAUGCUUCAAGGGCUUCAGCAGGCGUGAUGCGCUGCUCAGGCAUGUGAGGAACGAGGGUAACGAGUGCGUCGGUGAAGGUGGUCUGUUCCACUUGCUCGGCAUCUCAAGGUCGGACGAGUAAUG